CACUUCCGGCGUGGUUGCUAAACAACCAAAUGGUUUAGCUACCACGCGGUUGCUGACUUCAACUUGGAAAUAAAUCUCCCCGGCUCUAGACUCGCGGAGCUCAGCUUGUUAAAGAUGCAAGUGCGCUUUGGACGGCGCUCCGGGCAGGCGAAGGAAAGCCCAGGAAUGGAUUGCUUUAAAAAAGAAGAGAUUCCCUAUCCACCUCUUCUACCUAGCAAGGUAGAUCUCCAGCAGAUCACCAUAAUCCCACACGCCGAGUGGGAAAGGAUCCGGGAUAGCCUCAACAGGUUGACAAGAGAAGCAGCCGCCCUUCGUGCAGAAAGAACAGCAAAGAAAAAUAUGCAUAUGCAAUCUCAAGAGUUGGUAAAACACUGGACUAACACAUAUGCAGGAAUGAAAGAACAGAAACUUAAAGCCAAGCAAAAGCGUGAUGAAGAGAUUGAGGCUGAAAGACAAAUUCUUGAUCUGGAGGAAGAAAUAUACAAACAAGGAGAAAGAAAGAAGGCCAUCGAACGUGCAAAGCAGUAUCAGUUUUACCAGACAGAGAGAGUGAAAAACUUUCAUUCAGGACUUCUUCUCAGUAGAGUUAUGAAAGAGCGUGAUGUCCAGAUUCAGUACAAAAAGAAUGCAGUAAAAUCAGAUAAAAAAUGGGAAGAACAAGUGAAGCUCAACGAUGAAAAAGCUCUUAAAGAAGACCGAGAGAAAGAAGAAAAACGUCGCAAAGAAAGAGUAGCUCUUGCUAACAAUCAUCUGAAACAAAUAAAGGAACAUGAAGAGGAAGAAGAAGCAAGGAAGAAAACUGAAGAAAAAGAUGCCGAGGAGAUAAAGCGGCAGAAUUUGCUGUAUGAAAUAGAGAUGAAGAAAAACCUAAGCAAGAAACAGGAAGAGAUAGAUGCAAGCAGAAAACUGUUUUUUGACAAUAUGCAUGAUAAAAACAUCAUCCGAGCGGUAGAACAGCAGCAGCAAGAGGAGGAAGACGAAAAGGUUAGAAAGUUUAUCAAAGCCAAAAAACGUCUUUUACAAAUGAGGAUGGACAAAGAAGCUGAAACAAACAGGCUAAUGGAAGAACGGAGAGAAAGAAUAAAUAAUUUCCUAAGUAAACUAAUAAAAGAGAAACUUGAUAAUGAAGAUUUGAUUAUUGCUAGAGAUAUUUCUGAAGCUGACACUGAACUGGAGAAAAGAGAAAAAGAAAAGCGUGAAAAAAAUCAAGCAGAGUUGAAAGCAAUCGCAGAUUAUAGAGCCUCUGUGAUGAAAAAUAAAGAAGAAGAAGAAAGACAAAGGAAAAUAGAGGCCAAGGAACAGCUGCAGGCUAUCUUAAAGGCAGAUAAGAUCUUCCAGGAGCUUGAAAGGGAGAAAAACCUCAAAGCUGCCAAGGAGAGACUGGAAAUUCAAGAUGCUCACAUUCAGAAAAUAGCCAUAAAUAAAUUUAAUGCAAAACAAUUGAAGGAAGAAGAAUUAGAUUAUUGGAGACUUACUGAAGCCCUUACAGUUGAGAAGGAGAAAGAAUUUGAGAAGUAUGCUAGAGAAGUAAUUAACUCUGAAUCUGAAUCAACAAAGAAAUACACCUACCCUAUGGUAAAAGCUGUGCAGCAAGGAGUGGGAGGUGGACGUGGACCACCCUUUGUGGGCAGAGGUGGAAUAAGACCAAGCUAUCAGGUAAAUGAUGCUACUGGGGUCCAGCUCCCUUUUUAUAAUAGUCAAGGAUCAAAGUAUAAUGAUUUUCAGAAGUCAAAGAGAAGGCUAGGUUUUACUUGGUAAAAAAGGUCAUAUUUUGAUUGAUAAAAUUAUAAAGAUCUACAAAUAUAAUGGAAUUUCUGAUAAUAAAGCCACUACUUAUCUCUAA